AUGAAGAUGGUAUUUGUUAUAAAGGAAAACAACAACAGUAAUAACAAUGAAGAAAGUGGCGGAAUGUAUGCAGUAUGCAGGAACAACACUGGUAGGCAUGAAUGA